AUGCUUCGCCAUAUCCCGAGGAAUUCCGUCAGAAACCUAGCACUGUCUGCCAGUAGAUUACAAGCCGGUGCAGUGAAAGAUGGCCGCAAGCUCUCGCCAGAAGAAGCUAAGGCGGAGGCUGCGAAGUUAGCACUUCAGUCAUUAAAAGAUGUUGGAUCACUUUUUUCGUCCGGAAACGACGAUGCCGUGCAACCAAUCGACACAGCUCCCAUAUAUGAGGACCCAAGUCUCUUUGGACAUCUCAACUUGCUCCACCAGGGCCAGGUUCUCAAGGAACUCCAGGACAAAUACGACAAGAACUGGAACAAAUUGACUGACCAAGACAAGAAGCUAGGAUACUACAUUGCCUAUGGAAACUGGGGUCCACGUGAGAAGUUCACCAACUGGAAUACCUUGGAGGCUCCGUUUGAUUUGCCAUUUGUUAUACCACUGACGAUCGCUAAGACGUCUCCACAACCUACAGAUGUCAUUCACAAGCUUGAACGUGUGAUUUUGGCUGAGACUCCGGUUAGAAAGGAUGAGUUCGAUACCUCCAGAAUGGAUGCCGUGACCAAGACUUUCAUCUAUUUGACGCUUUUUGUGAUGAUUGUGGCUAUUGCUAGAGACAAGAAUACUGGCGAGGCAGGUAAGCCCAAGGAGAUUGUCGUGGAGGAUGUUCAUGAGAUGCAAAGAAGGGAACAUGCGGCAGCAGAAGCUGCCAAAGCUCAAGCAGAAGCAGAAGCAGCAGCUAUCGAAGCACAAGCCAAGCAGUCUCGUAGGUGGUAUUAUCUCUGGUUGAAGUAG